UUACGUACCCCCACUACCAGAGUUAUAUCUCUUUAUUAUUCUAGUCUUCUUGAAGAGAAAUAUCGAAUUUUGUUAUUUUUUAUAUUUGUUUGAAAUCAAACAAAACAAUUAUUAAUUAAACAAACUCAAAUGUAAAAUAUGGCGAAUCAUUAUGAAGUUCCCAAUUGGGCUGGUAAGCCACCAGUUGGUUUACAUUUAGAUGUAUUAAAAGGAGAUAAAUUAAUACAGAAAUUAAUGGUAGAUGAAAAGAAAUGUUACUUGUUUGGUCGUAAUCAGCAAAUGAAUGACUUUUGCAUAGAUCAUGCAUCAUGUUCCCGUGUUCAUUCGGCUCUUGUUUAUCAUAAACAUUUAAACAGAGCUUUCCUAGUCGAUUUAGGAAGCACACAUGGAACAUACAUUGGGAAUAUGAGAUUGGAAAGUAACAAACCAACUCAAUUGCCUAUUGAUAGUACUUUUCAUUUUGGAGCUUCUACUCGAUACUAUAUAAUAAGAGAACGCCCGCAAACGGGCAAUCGGACAAUAAUAGAUGAACUCGAAAAAUCGUCGGAGGACAUGGAAGCUGGAGGAUUAUUGGGUUUACCAGAAACGGAAACCGAGCUCGAUAAUCUGACGGAAUUCAAUACUGCGCAUAAUAGGCGAAUUUCAAUGUUGGGAAUUACCGAUGACGAUGUUCAUAAAUCGACAAGAAAACGAAAGAAAAAAGGAAUUUCUUUUAACGACGAUGAGGAAGUCAUUAAUCCCGAAGACGUUGAUCCGUCUGUUGGCAAAUUUCGAAAUUUGAUACAAACCACUGUUGUGCCUAGCAAAAGAAUGCGAAUGGAAGGCGGUUUGAUAUCUUUAUCAGAAGACAAUCAUAAUAUAAUGAAGCAUCUUCAACCAACUUCCACGACUCCAAAUCUGUAUAAUGAUUUACCCCCGGAACAAUGUACGUCUAGUAUGUCGAACAAUCCAUUUACUGUUGGAUUGACAUCGUUAACGUCUCGUCUCGGGAUCGCUCUUCCUAAUCCUGCUCCUGAAGUAGAGAUGACACAGAAUCAAAUACAGAUAGAAACAACUCACAUAACGGAGAUGCCUGGACCAGUCGAGGGUCAUGCAAUGGAACCAAAAAAGAAGAAAUACGCCAAGGAAGCUUGGCCUGGAAAAAAGCCUUUGCCAACACUUUUGGUAUAAUAUUCACAAAAUUGUUAUUUUAUAAGAUUUCUAAACGAGGAUUUUGCAAUUUUUCACAAAUUCAAUAUUCUCGAUUUGUAUAUAAAGCAAGUGAAGUGUUUUUUUUUUUUAUUUUGCUAAGUUUCGUCAGAUUUAAAUUGAAAGGUGUCUUAUUAAGUUCAUAUUUACUACUCCGAACAAAUUUUUGAAUAUAUUUAUUGAAGUAACAAUUAUAUUUUAAUGAUAAAUAAUUGGUUAGAAAUUAAAUCAUCAAUUAUAUGAAAUCCGGAGGAUAAUAAAACCAACAAUGAACAUUCA